GUUAUUUGAAAUUAAAGUAAACGCUUGUGAUUUACGGAUUGCGCUGUGUUUGCACUUAAUAAAUCGAGUGAUAAAUAUUUAAGCCAAUAAUAAAAACACAACAAUAUGACACGAGCAUUAUCAGUUAUUUUAGUGACAUCUUUAAUUUUCACCCAAAUAUAUGGCGAGGAGAAAUGUUCAGAGAAAAAAGAAAACCGGCUUUUCGAUCAAGACUUCGGUCUGGCUUUAACUCCAGAUGAUUUAUUGACCAGCAUGAUGGGACCUUGGAUGCUCAGGGACUACUUUAGACCUUGGAGAUAUAUGGAAACAAUUGCUCGUGAUCUUGGUUCAUCGAUUGUUACAGAAAAAGAUAAGUUCCAAAUUAAUUUGGAUGUACAACAUUUUUCACCUGACGAAAUAACCGUCAAAACAUCUGAUGGCUACGUUGUUGUAGAAGCAAAACACGAGGAAAAGAAAGACGAACAUGGGUCUAUUUCACGACACUUCAUUAGAAAAUACUCUUUACCCGAGGGUGCAGAAUCUGACAACAUCAUUUCACAGCUGUCUAGCGAUGGUAUUCUUUCGAUUACAGCACCGAGAAAGCAGAUUGAUUCCAAGGGAGAAAGAGUAGUUCCUAUUACACAGACGGGACCGGUUCGAAAAGAAACUAAGGACAGUAGCGCACCCGAAGGUUCCUGCCAAGCAAACGAUGGGAAAUGCGGCAUAUAAUCCUAAUGUUUGUAGUUGAUAAUAAUUUUGCUAAUAUUCUGGAGUAAUAAGACUGAUGACAUGUAAAUAAACUUUUAAACUUUAUUA